UGGCUCAAAGGAACAGUCAUCGCACGAUCUCUUUCUCCCUUUUGCAGAGCUUGACAACCCAAAAGUGGUUGCCCAAAGACGAUGACUGUGAAGGCGCUGAUGCCCGAGGCGAGGGAGGUGCACAUCGAUGGCGUGCAGACCACCCUGCCGUUGCCGCCGGAUUUUCUGCAGCGGCAAAAUAGCCCUCUCUCUGAACUCUCACGCGUGCGCAGCCCAGCGGCCUCGGUGGCGUCCAAGACGACCAAGGUCGAGGUCACCUGCACCGGAGAAAAGGCGGUGAAGGGCGCCGUAACGUCUACCAGGCGGUUGAUGAAGAUCGCUGGUCUGGGGCUCUUCCUGGUGAUUUUCGCUUUCGCCUUCUUCGGAUGGCCCAGCAACGUGAUCGAAAACGACGACACCCACCGGAAGAUCUUGGCGGCGCUCUUUCUCACGGGGAUCACUUUAGUGGCCCUGGAGGAUGUCAUCAACCUGGACAAGUCUGCCAUCAUGCUGGUAUUGGCAUCAGUCAUGUGGACCUAUCAUGCCGCCGGCUUCCACCCGACGCACUCCCACGAGGGCCAUGACGAGUUGCAGCAGCAGCUCGCGAAAGGCUUGGCGGAUGUGGGCAGCGUGAUUCUCUUCCUGCUGCCAGCCAUGGGCAUCGUGGAAUCCAUCGACCAUUUGGACGGCUUUUCGGUGGUGACCGCCUUCAUCGUACGUCACACCAAAGACAAGGCAGAUCGAUUGAUGCCAUUGAUUUGCUUUCUCGCCUUCUUUUUGAGUGCGGUGAUCGACAACCUCACGGCCACCAUCGUGUGCGUGAAGAUCCUGAAGAGGGUGGUCCCGCACAAACAGGACUGGCGUCACUCCUGCGGCGGCCUCACAGUGGUGGCGGCCAACGCGGGAGGCGCCUGGAGCCCGAUCGGCGACGUCACCACCACGAUGCUUUGGAUCAGACACAAGAUCUCCACCACAGGCACCAUCACCUGGCUCUUCUUUCCGUCCUUCGUGGCGGGCGUGCUGCCCCUCUUCGGGAUUUGGUGGCAGGCCAAGCGAUGUGCGCCCCGGGACAGUGAGGAUGAGAAAUACAGGCAUGAAGACUUGGUGGCGACCUGGGAGAGCAAGGUAGCACUGCUGGUCGGAAUGCUGUGCAUCUUGACGGUGCCAGUGGUGAAGAUGGUCACAGGUCUGCCGCCUUACCUGGGAAUGAUGAUGGCCCUUGGCACCUUCUGGCUGGUCACCGAGAUCACCGAGCUAGGAAAGGUCCGCAGAGGCGACGAGGAGAUGGGCGGCAUGGUGGAGCAUGGCAAGCACGGCGUCCCAGCGGCUCUUCACAAGGUGGAUUUGAGCAGCCUCCUCUUCUUCACGGGGGUCCUGCUCUCCGUCGCGGCGCUGGAAUCUGCCGAGGUUCUUUCGCGCUACUCGGAGUUCAUGAACGAAGCCACGGGCGGGUCGCCGUUGGCGCUCUCGGCGAUGUUGGGCAUCUCCUCUGCGGUGGUGGACAACGUGCCGUUGGUCCAGGCCUCCAUUGAGAUGUUCCAUCAGCCGAUGGACGACCCCCUGUGGCAGCUGGUCGCACUCUCCGCCGGCACAGGUGGUUCCAUGCUGGCGGUUGGCAGUGUGGCAGGUGUGACGUUGAUGGGCCUGGAGCAUGUGGGUUUCCUCUGGUACAUGCGCCGAAUCUCUCCGUGGGCUGCCUUGGGCUUCGCCGCGGGCAUGGGUGUCUACGCACUCCAGCGCAUGAUUGUGCUGUAAGGAGCUGCGUGAUUUUCGCCUUGAGCCUUAAGUCAGCCAGUUGGUCAAUGCCUCGGAGCCCCAACAUGGGAAACUUUUGGAUCCCGGAGCGGAGAGGCAUUGACGGGGUGAGCUGCACGCUCGUUUGGUUCUGGUUUUCCACAUUUAUUCCGAAUAAUUCAAAGUAGGAAGACUCAAUCUUCCUACCUGCAUGGGACAGACCUGUCCAGAAACAAAAUGGGCAAGUCCUGCCUUGUUGAACGAAUAGAUCUCGGUCACUCGGUCAGAUUUGGAUGUUUGCGGAGCUGAUUUUCUGCACGCUGGCCAUGAUGCCCCUAAGUUGACGUGCUCAAGUGAUCCCGACCUUUUUUCAUCGGGAAGCCAAGGGCAUAGGAAAAGGGCUAGUGGCAAGUGCGCAAGUGCACAAGCAUCUUGCAGGGACUGGCCCUGUUGUCAGCCGAAGCAAAGAGGUUUGGCAACUGUAGAGAUCUGCAUUGAUCUAUACUAGAAUCUUCGGGUUGGCAUGAGGUCUUAGCGAC